GCCCUGUGGUUUAGAAUUGUGGGUGAAGAAACUGCUUCUGUGUGUUUGAUCUAAUGAAACUAACGAACAUUUUAGUUAUAAUUCUCUCUCUCUAAUCCCUUCUGUUUCGGGAACUUAAUUACAAUCUAUGGAGGAGAACCCUUUUCCUCCAAAACCAAUCCCUCCUCCUUCGUUCUUCGAUAUCCUCAUUACUCCAAAAAAUUAUUGAUUCCAUUUUCCGGCUGAUCUCCGAUUCCUGCUCCAUUUUGCAGACAUCGAUGAUCGACAAAUGAAGAAGAACAACCUUCAAUUCUCUGUGAAUUAAUAAUACUACAUGGGUUUCUCUCCAAUUGCUUAACACAGAUGUCUAUCCAUGAGUUCUUCUUCUCCAAUUGUCGUUCUUCGAUGGUCUCAGAAUGGUAGCCACUGUAUUAAUUUUCUGCAACUUCUUCCGGCGAAUUAGUCCCUCCAUUGUUCAUAGACUUGGGAAAACUUGGAAACCCUUCACAGGUUCUGUGUGAAGAAUUCCUGCAUGCCAAUAUGAUCUAUAGCAUCUUCCACAAAGCAAUCCAUGGCGGAUCAGGUCAUGAGUCGUUGGAUGAUAACAACUCGUCCAUGAGAAAGAAAAAGGCAGACAUGUCUGCUCACAAUCCUGGGCGUUCUCAAGAUCCAAGUGGAGCUUCAGGGGAGAAACGCUCAGAUGAUCCAACAACGAACAAAUCCGCCACACAAUGUACUGUUACUUGUGUGUAUCUAACAAAAAUUGCAGAAAUGACUCGCAAUGUUACUGUUACAUGGUGUAAGAAUCUCAUCAACCAUUCUCUAAACAUCUCAGUAGAUAAUCCUGGAGAAGAUAACCAUUAUACCUGCAAAAUUGACCUCAAGCCAUGGCAUUUCUGGAGCAAGAAAGGGUUUAAAUCCUUCACUGUAAGCGGUGAAAGAGUGGAUGUCUUCUGGGAUCUUCGUUCUGCGAAAUUCUCAGGUAGCCCAGAACCAAAUGGAGAUUACUAUGUCGCCUUGGUUUCAGAUGAAGAGGUAGCAUUGUUAUUGGGUGACAAUAAGAAAGAAGCUUACAAGAGAACAAAAUCAAGACCUUCAUUGAUAGAUGCAGUAUUAAUUUCCAAGAAAGAGAAUGUAUUUGGUAAGAAAUGCUUUUCCACAAGAGCUAGAUUUGAUGAGAGGAAGAAAGAACAUGAUAUUGUUGUAGAGAAUUCAAUAACAGGGCCAAGAGAUCCUGAAAUGUGGAUUAGCAUAGAUGGGAUAGUGUUGAUCCAUGUUAGAAACCUGCAAUGGAAAUUUAGAGGAAAUGAGACUGUGAUAGUGAACAAAAUCCCAGUUCAAGUCUUUUGGGAUGUUCAUGAUUGGUUGUUUAGUAGCAAUGGAUUAGGACAUGGUGUGUUCAUAUUCAAGCCAGGUGCACCAGAGUGUGAUUUCAAAGAUGGAAGCAGUAGUGUCUGCAGUGGUGAUAGUAAUACUGGGAGUUAUUUCUCUACACAGAGUUGUCCAACAUCACCUGAUUUUUGCCUCUUCUUAUAUGCAUGGAAGCUUGAGUGAGAUAGAUAUUGAUCAGUCUCUGAAACAUACAGGAUGGGUUUAAUUUGCUUGGAUAGGCAAGAAAUUACGAGGAGUUGUAAAAGCAACUCCAUCAAGCUUGAGGAUACCAAAAAAAGAAAAAAAAAAAAAAAAGAAAGAACCUAAAUUGAGAGGCCAAUACAUUAUUUUGUAAAUGAAGUUAGUUUCCUUAGGUUAAUUGAUCACCUCAUCUUUUUUUCUUUUGGUUAUUGUAUAACAUCUACAUAAGAUUUUGAAGUUCAUCUGCUCAUAUGGAUGUCUUCACCUGUACCACAAAUCCACCUUGCAAGAACAUGUUUUCUCUCUCUCUCUACUUAAUGCAGUACAAAACAUAUUAGAGAAAGUUAUCUGCCUUCUUAUGAUUGGACUCCUGCAAUAAUGAAUGUCAUUGUUAACUUCUGCCUAUUUAGAAAGGUAGAAUA